AUGAUCAUCACAGAACCGAACGGAGCUUCAUCUACUGGUCACUCUGGAAAUGGAUAUGCAAGAAUUACUUUAUUAGGAAUUCCUUAUCAAAACGUCUUCUACAGUUACCACAACGAAACAACAUUAGACGUGAUGAUGAAAGACGAAGUUUGCAAUGAAUCCAUCAAUCUUCCUUCAAAAGUUGACAACAAACCAGUUGUUUCCAUCCUCCCGAGAGCAUUUUACGGAAAUUCCUGUCUGAGAUCUAUAAAAAUUCCGAAAACAGUUGAAUCCAUUGGUUCCGAAGCUUUCUCAAUGGCAUCAAACCUCAGAGAAGUUGUCUUUGAGCAAGAAAGUCUCUGCAACUCCAUUGGAAAUUUUGCUUUCUCUGACACAUCCCUUGCCAAAAUUUCCAUCCCAUCUUUAGUCACUUCCAUUGGAGAGUGGUGCUUCAAAUCCACCGCAUUGAAUUAUAUUUCGUUUGAAUCCCCAUCUCACCUCGAAAGUAUCCCUGCCGGCUGCUUCCACGGUUCCGAUCUCGCCUCCAUUUACAUCCCUCAAUCUGUGAAAACCUUCCAAAGAAACGCAUUUUCGAAUUCGAACAUCCAAAGCAUUGAUUUCAACACAACAUCGCAACUAGAAUUAAUUGACGAAAGCUGUUUUUCUAAUUCUCACAUUAGAUCUAUAACUAUUCCUGACUCUGUGAAAAUCAUCUCAAACAACGCAUUCGAAAGGACAUUCGACCUCGACAGAGUUACGUUUGGAAGUGGCUGUCUUGUAGAAAUUAUUCCUCAAAUGUGUUUCCUCAAUUCGAAUAUCAACUCUAUUUACAUCUCGAAAAAGAUCUCCAGCAUUGGAAAGAACGCGUUCUUGAACUCUGCGAUACAAACAGUUCGUUUCGAUGCAUUGAGUAUCUGUCAAAAUAUCUCUGAAAAGUCGUUCUUCAACACUAGUUUGUCUUCUAUUUCUUUGCCUCCUUCUGUUGCAAUCAUAGGCAACUACGCAUUUGCAAACUGUUCAAGACUUCAGUUUGUUUCGUAUUGUUCAAGUACUUAUCAAGAAAAUAGAAACAUUUUCGAUAAAUCUGACAUGCUCAAGAAUGUUUCUGUUGCUUAUUACUUCCUGUUCUCAACAUCGGAAUUUGCAAAUUUGGAAACGAAGCUGGAUUGA